AUGGCGAGCUCAGUUGCGUCGCGAACGCGGGGUACGACGGCCGCUUUGUACCGUGUAAAAGUCACGUUGACAACUUUUUAAAAUCCGUUCGAGAGAUUCCAAUUUUUUUUUCAUGGUGCUAGUGUUCGGCUGUGGCGAACGUUUCGGGAUUGUUUUGAACAACAUGGACUGACUGAUUGCCACUAAGAGUGAUAUCAUAUCAGUGUGAGAGACUUUUUAGUGUUGAACAUUACCGUGGUGAUUACAAAAUGGAGUACAAAACACAAGUGUUGACUACGAUGGCAGUUCUGCUGUUUGUGUGUUCGUGGUGCGAGGGCGCUCGUGACGCGUCCUGCCCCAGGAUCUGCGGGCCCGCGCUGCAGGGCGAGCCGGUCUGCGCCACCGACGGUUACAUCUAUCCCUCCCUCUGCGAGAUGAGGAAGAAGACUUGCGGGAAAGGUGUAAGACUGGCCCAGGACCAAGGCACUUGCUCUCGCGCCCAGGGGUCGAAGUGCGAGCAUCGAUGCACCUCCGAGAGGGACCCUGUGUGCGGCACUAACGGCAGGACCUAUCUGAAUAGAUGCAUGCUGCAAGUCGAGAUUUGCAGACUCGGCAUCGGUCUGUCUCACUUGGGCGCGUGCAACAACAUCAGCGCUCACCGAGAGAACUGCCCCGUGGAUUGCUCGCAGGCGCCGCUCGACGGACCUAUCUGCGGCUCCGACGGCAACGUCUACAAGAGCACCUGCCAGAUGAAACUGCUGACUUGCGGACAAGGCGUAGUACGCACGAGCAAGAAACACUGUCAGACAACGCGUCAUUGUCGCGAGUCGUGCUGGCGUGUGGCGCGUCCGACCUGCGGCUCCGACGGGAAGCUAUACGCAAACGCUUGCAGGAUGAAGGCGACCAACUGUGGCAAGCACGUGUUCGAGGUGCCGAUGGCGUUCUGUGUAUCACAAGAACGAACUUCGGGAGGCGAGCCGUGUCCGACAGACUGCGCCGGUCACAAAGAGAAGCUCGUCUGCGGCUCAGAUGAGAAUAUCUACAGAAACGAGUGCGAAAUGCGCAUGCUUAAUUGCGGAGUGAGCAACAGGAAGAUAGUAAAGAAGGUCGACAUGGAGAAAUGUAAGGCCAAAAUGAACAAAUGUCUGAAAGUGAAGUGCCCCACCGAGUCGGACCCUGUGUGUGGUACCGAUGCCAACGUGUACACCAACCCUUGCCACCUGAAGGUCGCCACUUGCCUUAAAGGAGUACAACUGGCCCAUUUCGGCAACUGCACAUUACUGCCGCGUCUCGAAAUCGACUGCCCGGACAACUGCGACAACGCGCUCGAGCAACCCGUCUGCGGAUCAGACGGCAAUGUGUACAAGUCUGAGUGUGAGCUGCGUCGCGCAACAUGCGGGCAACAUGUUGUGGCGGUGAGUGCAGCGCACUGCCGCACAACAGCGUUGUGUCAUGAACAGUGCCCCGACACGCCUGCCUUCGUCUGCGGCUCUGAUAACCGCUUCUACCGCAACGAGUGUAUCAUGAAGAAGGAGAACUGCGGCAAGCACGUGUUCGUGGUUCCAUUGAAGCGAUGCCUCGCGCGGUUCCAAUACUCGGGAUGCGCACGCGUAUGCCCGCCAGAAUACGAUCCCGUGUGCGGUUCCGACCGCAAGACGUAUUCUAACCGUUGUUUCCUCGAUAUGGAGAACUGCCGUUCUAGGAGUUUAGUCCAGUUGCAUUACCUCGGAACGUGCACGGAGCCCAUAGCCGAGGAGCCCAAGAACUAUCUCUACCGAUAAGUUAUGUCUGCUUACUUUUCAUAAUCGUGUAUGGGAUCUGAGGUCCCACUGUUAGUGCCAACUCUUUGUAAGUUAAUAAGUGACCAAUAUUUUGUCUUCCAAUAAUCUUUUUAUAUUUACUUGUGUAAAGUGUCCAUGACUCUCUCUUAUAAGAGUGUUAAAGAUGUCGCCAAUAGCUAAAAACUUGUUAUAAAGUCAUCAUAGACUGCUAAGAAGAAAAGAAAUCUUCUUUAUCAGAUAAAUUGUCAAGAAUCAUAUUCAGCUGUAUUUCUACGUAUGUACUAUGUAGGUAGGUAAUUUUGAAUAAUGCUUAGUAGAAAUAACAUAAAUAUCUAAUAUGCUUAAAGUUAGUCAAAACCAUGACUAUACAUUGCAAGUUAAUGGCACUUUACAAUAAAAUGAACAAAAAUAUAACAUCAGUACAAACGUCUUUGAAUAAAAUGGCGUCGACAAAAUGGACGCCAUCACAAAAUGGCGGGCCCCUUUGACUAGAACAAUAACUUCCUAGAUAAUAAACUAGUGAUUUUAGAUAUUAGACAUUGACUGUUUAUUUAUUUUCUAUUUAUUUUCCAAUUCGUUAGUUUUAAGUGGAACAAUGUAAAUAAUUAGUGAAUUUUUUUUUCGACGUAUUUAUUUACUAUUUUCUAAGAAUUUCGAUGCAUUUAAGGAAAGACUUGUAACUUAUUGUUUAUGAAAUAUUUGAAUUUGAAAUAAAUGUGAAAAAAAUAA